CAGAAAAUUAAAUUUAAAAAAUGAAAACAGCGAUCGUCGGUUGCAGAAAGCAAAAACCAGAAGAAAAUGGACAAGGCACCAGCAGCAACCGGCUGUUACAAGUGCGGCCGACCAGGCCACUGGUCACGUGACUGCCCUUCCUCCGCCCCUACCCCCAAUUCUAUCCCCGACCCUAAUUCCAACCCUAACCCUAACCCCACAAAUCUCAAUUCCUCUUCUUAUCCUUUCAAAAGCGGUACCGGUACUGGGAUCGAAGGGAAGGCGAAGAAGGUAUCGGUUCCGAAGACUCGGCCGAAGCUGACGCCGGAGCUGCUUCUCUCAGACGAUGGGCUCGGCUACGUCCUCCGCCACUUCCCUCGCGCCUUCAAGUAUCGCGGCCGCGGACACGAGAAGAAAAUCCCUCAGUUAUCCAGACGUGUUGCUUUAAUUGAUUCUUGUGAAAUUUUGUUGGUGUGCUUCUUCCAUUACAAGGUUAGAGAUUUGGGGAAUCUAAUUGGUUUGUACACACAAUGGCAUUCGCGAUUGCUACCAUAUUACUCAUUUGAUCAGUUUGUUCAUAAGGUCGAACAAGUUGCCGCCACCAGACGAGUGAAGAUGACUCUUAGGGAUUUGAGAGAAAGAGUUGCAAGUGGAGGAGACCCGACAAAGUUGUGUGAAACAGCGGUCGAGGAAGGCGUUCCAAAUGAUCAAGAGGAAACCUUGAACCCUGAGGGACCAAGUGAUCACCAGGGAGGUUCGUCUUCAGGGAACGAUGAUGUGGAUGAUACGCAGGAAGAGAUGCUUCACGAAAUCUACGAGAAGGCCACUCAGGAACCGUCUCAGACGUUCCAUGGUGAGAUGGUUGCUCCUAGUGCUGGUAUACCUGCAUCAGAAAGUUUCCAGAAAGAAAUAACCAAUCAAGUUCAAAACAAUGAGGCUAAGGAAUCCAGUGAAAAUCAUAUGACAGAUGAACAGAAAGCGCGAAUGGAAGCUAAUAGAUUGAAGGCACUUGAGAAAGCCGCAGCCCGCCGCCAAUUGCAGGCAGAUUGAGUUUCCGUUUCUGUUCUAUCUUGCUCUAAAUUCUGGUUAUGGAUGUGGUUAUAGGCAUCAUGUUCUUUGUACGAUGAAGUUUAUAGCAGUUAUGAGAUUAUUUCUAGUUAUGCCUCAAAAAUGAAAAUAGUAAUGGUAAAGUCGGAUUCAGUGGAUGCCAUGUGACAUUGAAUUAAGUCGUCACAAUUAUGGGAAACUCAUUUUUUAUAAAUCUUUUUAGUGACA